UUCAGUAGCCUCAUUGACAAUUCUUGGCUGUUUCCUUCUGCCUUUCUCUCAGCUCUUCCCAGCCCGUGAGAGGGUCAUAGUAACUCGACCAUGGCGAAGUCCGCAUGGGGCUCCAAAUCUUGGGCCGACGAUGUCGAGGAGGGGGAGAAGGAGCUUCCUCCUCCCGCUUUCCCCGAGCUCAAGCAGACCGCGUCUCAGCCGUCCGAUGAAGCCUUUCCGACGCUAGGCCAGGCGGCAGCCAAGCCGCAAAAGAAAAAGAAGGAAAAGGUCACGCUCUCGCUGUCGGAGUUUACCACAGGCGCGUAUGUCGGUCCCGGAGCGCGAUCUAGGACGACUAUAGUCGAGGACGUUAAGGGGCUUACCUUCCAGGAGAAGAUGGCGCUUCCGACGGGCCCUAGGGAGCGCAGCGAGGACGAGGAAUCCAGCGGAUUAGGCGGCGGGUUCCGAGGUUACGGGGGUUUCCGCGGCGGCGACAGGGGAGGCGGUCGCGAAGGUCGCGACGGUCGUCGCGAGGAUCGCGAACGACCGCCGAGGGAGGACGACGGGCCGUCUCGGGCAGACGAAGUCGACAACUGGGCAACGACGAAAAAAUUCGUGCCGUCUGGUGACGCCGGCAGGUCCCGCGGCGGUGGUGGCGGCCGGUACGAGGACGACGGCGGCCGUCCAGGGCGUGAUGGUCCGUCAAGGGCCGACGAAGUCGACAACUGGGGCGCGACGAAAAAGUUCCAGCCGUCUCAGUCCAUGGGCGGGGAUCGCGGAGAUCGCGGCGGAGAUCGCGGAGACCGCAUGGGCGGGCCGUCACGCGCCGACGAAACCGACAACUGGGGCGCCGCCAAGAAGUACGUCCCGUCCGCGUCCGUGGGCGGCGGCGGCGGUCGCAGCGGGUUCGGCGAUCGCGAAGGCGCGCGCGCAGACGACGUUGACAACUGGGGCGCGGCGAAGAAAUUUGUGCCGUCCUCCAGCCGGGACGGCAGGAGGGACGGGCCCAGGGACGGCCCUAGGGAUGGUCUCGACGCGGACCGCUGGGGGAAGGAGACCCGCGAAGAGCGCCUGUCGGAGCGCCCUCGCCUCAAUCUCCAGCCGCGCAAGCCUGUGGCGGAGGGCGAGGGGGGGAGCGCGGAGGGGAAGGCGGAGGAUGCGAACAAGCCCAAGAAGCCGAGCCCGUUCGGGGAGGCGCGCCCGCGCGAGCAGGUGCUGGCGGAGAAGGGGAUCCCCCUUGCGCCCGAGUCCCCUUCCGCCAGGGGGGGAUCGGCGGAACCCGGGGCGGAGGUUAAGGCGUCCAAGCCGGCGGUGAACCCGUUCGGGGAGGCGAAGCCGCGGGAGGUGGCGCUGGAGGAGCGCGGAAUGGACUGGCGGAAGAUGGACCUCGAGCUCGAGCACAAGGCCGUUAACAGGGCCGAGACGGAAGAAGAGAAGAAGCUUCGUGAGGAGGUGGAUGCUCUUGCUGCCAAGCUGCAAGCCGCGACGGGCAAGGGGGAAGGGAAGGCGGAGAAGGAGGGGGAGGGGAAGGGGGAAGGAGAGAGCAAGGAGGGGGAGGCGCAGCAGCAGGCACCUGAGCUUUCACCUGAGGAAUUGUCGGCUCUGGAGAAGGAGCUUGCGGAGAAGCAGAUACAACUGGAGCAGCUGGUGCUGGAGCUAGACGACAAGGUGAAGUACGCGCAGAAGCAGGAGAGACAGGCGCGAGAUAAGCAGGCAAGGGAGAAGGAGGGAGGCGCGGCGGGCAGCGAAGGGGGUGUUAGAGAAGGGGCAGCAGGAGGGGGAGGGGGAGGGGGAGGGGGAGGAGCGGGAGGGGAAGGGGCCGGGCAGAGUCGUGGGGCUGCUGCUGCUGGUGCGCCGCUGGCCAAUGGGAAUGCGUGGGGCGGGGGGGCGAGGAGAGGGGGGGACGCUUGGAGGAGUAACACAGUAGCGAAUCCCGAGGGCGCGGGGGCUAGUAAGGGGGACGCGUGGCGCGGCAGCCGGAGCACAGCGGGGCCAGGCCGGGAAGGGGCGGAGCCACAAGCCAGGCCGACGCAGAGGACAGGGGGGUGGUAGAGCGUGGAUAAGCUGCAUGGUGGCAGCUGUCCAGAUAUUUGAGAAUCCUCGAAAACCUAUGACAGCUGCGUGGUGGUUGUCCAGGGGAACGGAUGGCAGGGGAUGAGGGAGGAGGGGCAUGGAGGAGGGAGCGGGCGAUGGACAGCGGCUGUUAGGGAAUGUUAGUUCUGCGUGUACUGUACCGGUGCUAGUAAUUGUGUUUUGAGUUCGGAAGGACUAAAGCCUCAGCUAGGGAGGAUCAUUCGCUCCUUCCUCGUUACUGAGGCUGCUGCUUUUUCUUGCUUUAGUUUAGCCUAUGCACCUGGGUCGUUCUUUCUUACUUUAUUUCCACCCAAGCACAAUGCCCUGCUUUGGGUUAGUUCUUAAACUAAAAUCCCUUGCUAAGCUCAUUUUUGAAACAGAUUAUUAGGUACUGUAGUACCAGGUGCACCUACGAGGAGCAGAGCGAUUAAGGCCGCGUUCA